GUGACAGCCAAGGCUCUGCCACAGCCCCAGGGGAAGCAGUUUGUCUCAGUGACCGCCCAGGUGGGACAGGUGACCCUGGAGAAGGUGCUGCUGCUGUCGCUCCAGAGCGGCCACAUCUUCGUGCAGACUGACAAGCCCAUCUACACCCCCAGCUCCACUGUGCUCUGUCGCCUCUUCGCCGUCAACCACCUGAUGGAACCAGCGGCCAAGACCGUCAUCGUGGAGAUCAAGACUCCUGACAACGUCAUCAUCAAGCAAGUCCCCGUCUCCUCACCCAUGAGAACUGGCAUCUUCUCCCUCAACCACAACCUGCCCGAGGUGGUCAGCCUGGGGAUGUGGACAAUCAUGGCCAAAUUUGAAGACUCACCAGACCAGGUCUUCAGCACCCAGUUUGAAGUCAAGGAGUAUGUGCUCCCCAGCUUCGAGGUGGUCCUGGACCCCGAGGAGAAGUUCCUCUACAUCGACCAGGAGGAGGAUUUCCGGGUGUCCAUCACGGCCAGGUACCUGUACGGGAAGCGCCUGGAGGGAACGGCCUUUGUGCUCUUCGGGGUCCUGGUGGACGACGAGAAGAAGAGCAUCCCCCAGUCCCUGAAGCGCAUCCAGGUGAUAGAUGGGGAUGGGGAGGCCGUCCUGCCCAUGGCCGUGCUGCGCCAGCGCUUCGCCAACCCCCAGGAGCUGGUGGGACAUUCCCUCUAUGUCACUGUCACCGUCCUCACCGAGUCAGGCAGUGACAUGGUGGAGGCCCAGCGCGGUGGCAUCCGCAUCGUGACGUCCCCCUACACCAUCCACUUCACCCACACCCCCAAGUACUUCAAGCCUGGGAUGCCCUUUGACCUGACGGUCUAUGUCACAAACCCUGAUGAGUCCCCAGCUCCUCGUGUCACCGUCCAGGCUGAUGGGUUCCAGGGGUUGGUCUCCACCCAGCGUGAUGGCACAGCCAAGCUGGUCCUCAACAUGCCGGCCAACAAGGACAGUGUCCCCAUCACUCCCUCCAUGGACACUAAAAUCACCAUGGUGGCCAAGUCUUCCAUGGAUGCUAAAACCACAAUGGUGGCCAAGUCCUCUAUAGUGGCCCAGCCCUCCAUGGUGGCCAAGCUCUCCAUGGAAGCCAAGACCUCCACAGAGCCCCAGCCCUCCAUAGAUACUAAAACCACAAUGGUGGCCAAGCCCUCCAUGGAAACCAAGCUCUCCAUGGCAGCCCAGCUCCCUCUAGUGGCCCAGCCCUUCAUGGAUGCUAAAACCACCAUGAUGGCCAAGUCCUUUGUGCCCACCAUGAUGGCCAAGUCCCCCAUGGAUGCUAAAACCACGAUGCUGGUGGUGAAAGGUGCCACAGAAGGUGACAACCGGGUGCAGGAGCCGGGGACACCCAUGAGGUUGCGCAUCGAGGGCGACCACAACGCCCGCGUGGGGCUGGUGGCCGUGGACAAGGGGGUCUUUGUCCUCAACAAGAAGAACAAGCUCACCCAGGCCAAGCUGGUGGUGAAAGGUGCCACAGAAGGUUACAACCGGGUCUCCUGUCCCCAGCCUGCCAAGCGCAAGCGCCGCUCUCUGCAGCUCGUUGAGGACAAGAACAACAAGGGCGAGGAAGAUGACAUCUUCCUGGAUGAAGAGCACAUCAUCUCCCGAACCCUCUUCCCAGAGAGCUGGCUGUGGCAGCUGGAGCUGCUGUCCGAGAAGCCCGAUAAUCGGGGAAUCUCCAAGAAGACUGUCCCUAUCUACCUGAAGGACACCAUCACCACCUGGGAGGUCCUGGGCAUCAGCCUCUCACCCACCAAGGAUCUGUGUGUCCUGCAGGUGCGGGUGGAGCUGAUGCACAACCCGUCCCUCUGCAGCGCCUCCACCUCCAAGCAGCGCUACCAGCAGAUCAUCAAGGUGAAGGGACAAUCCUCCUGGGCUGUCCCCUUUGUCAUUGUCCCCCUCCAGCUGGGGCUGCAGGAUGUGGAGGUGAAGGCAGCUGUCCGGGGCAAGGCUGUGGCUGACGGGGUCAAGAAGAAGCUCAAAGUGGUGCCCGAAGGGAUGAGGUUGGAGAAGACGGUGACGAUCGUGGAGUUGGACCCCAAGACCAAGGGAGUCAAUGGUGUGCAGGAGGAGAAGGUGAGGGCAGCCAACCUCUCUGACAUUGUCCCCAACACCGAGUCGGAGACCAAAGUCAGCAUCCAAGGCAACCCCAUGUCCAUCAUGGUGGAGAAGGCCAUCGAUGGGGAGAAGCUGAAGCACCUGAUCACCACCCCGGCGGGUUGUGGGGAGCAGAACAUGAUCGGGAUGACCCCCACGGUCAUUGCCACCCACUACCUGGACAGCACCCAGCAGUGGGAGAGCUUCGGGGUGGACCAGAGAGCCAAGGCCAUCGAGCUGAUCAAAAAGGGUUACACCCAACAACUCGCCUUCCGGAAGCCCGACAGCUCCUACGCGGCCUUCAACAACCUCCCAUCCAGCACCUGGCUCACAGCCUACGUGGCCAAAGUCUUCGCCAUGGCCAUCAAGCUGGUUGACAUCGAGCCCGAGGUGAUUUGUGGGGCCGUGAAGUGGCUCAUCCUGGAGAAGCAGAAGCCAGAUGGGAUCUUCCAAGAAGAUGCUCCUGUGAUCCAUAAGGAGAUGGUGGGUGGCUACCAUGGUGCAGAGCCCGAGGUGUCCCUCACAGCCUUCGUCCUCGUGGCCCUGCAGGAGGCCCGGGAGGUCUGCAAGGACCACAUCAAUAGCUUGGAUGGGAGCAUCAACAAAGCUGCUGACUACCUGGCCAGGAGGUACCAGUCCCUGGGCAGACCCUACACAGUGGCUUUGUCCUCCUACGCUCUGGCCUUGACCGGCAAACUCAAGAGCGAGAAAGUCCUGAUGAAGUUUUCCAAAGGGGGCAGGAGCUGGGAGGAACGCAACGCCCUGACCUACAACAUCGAGGGCACGUCCUACGCGCUCCUGGCGCUGCUGCAGAUGGAGAAGACGGAGCUGACGGGGCCCGUGGCCCGUUGGCUGGCCCAGCAGAACUACUUCGGUGGGGGCUACGGAUCCACUCAGGUGGGCUACCGACCCUGCCCAGCACCCACGGGUUACACCCAACAACUCGCCUUCCGGAAGCCCGACAGCUCCUACGCGGCCUUCAACAACCUCCCAUCCAGCACCUGGCUCACAGCCUACGUGGCCAAAGUCUUCGCCAUGGCCAUCAAGCUGGUUGACAUCGAGCCCGAGGGUGGCUACCAUGGUGCAGAGCCCGAGGUGUCCCUCACAGCCUUCGUCCUCGUGGCCCUGCAGGAGGCCCGGGAGGUCUGCAAGGACCACAUCAAUAGCUUGGAUGGGAGCAUCAACAAAGCUGCUGACUACCUGGCCAGGAGGUACCAGUCCCUGGGCAGACCCUACACAGUGGCUUUGUCCUCCUACGCUCUGGCCUUGACCGGCAAACUCAAGAGCGAGAAAGUCCUGAUGAAGUUUUCCAAAGGGGGCAGGAGCUGGGAGGAACGCAACGCCCUGACCUACAACAUCGAGGGCACGUCCUACGCGCUCCUGGCGCUGCUGCAGAUGGAGAAGACGGAGCUGACGGGGCCCGUGGCCCGUUGGCUGGCCCAGCAGAACUACUUCGGUGGGGGCUACGGAUCCACUCAGCCCAACUCCCUGGUGGCACCUUCUGCCAAGACCAAGCUGAACGAGGACUUCACGGUGAAGGCCGAGGGGACAGGGAAGGGGACACUGACCGUGGUCACCGUCUACAACGCCAAGGUCCCCGAGAAGGACAACAAGUGUGACAGCUUCGACCUGCAGGUGGACGUGGAGGAGGUGAAGACAGGCAAGGAAGAGGAGGGCGUCAUCCGUUCCAUCAAGAUCAACAUCUGUGCCAAGUCUUUGGAAACAGGGACAUCAGGGAGGGACAUCAGGGAAAAGGAUGGGGACAUCAGGAACAUUGGGGACAUUGGGAAAUCAGGGCCAUCAGGGACACUGGAGACAUCAGGGGCAUGGGAGCAAAAUGGGGACACUGGGGACAUCAAAGAAAAGGAUGGGGACACUGGGGACAAACAGGGCUCGGUGCCACCUUGUCCCAUGGGGGUCUUUGAGAACAGGGACAUCAGGGAUGGGGACGUUGGGUCCCCAAGGGUCGUUGGGAACAGGGACAUUGGGCUGGCAGAGGGGGUGGACAGGUACAUCUCCAAGUUUGAGCUGGACAAAGAGGACUCGGAGCGCAGCAACGUUGUCAUCUACCUCAACAAGAUCUCUCACCAGGCCGAGGAAUGUUUCUCCUUCCGAGCCCACCAGCGGUUCCAGGUGGGGCUGAUCCAACCCGCGUCCGUCACCGUCUACAGCUACUACAAGAUCGACGACCGCUGCACCCGCUUCUACCACCCGGACAGGGAUGGUGGGCAACUCAGCAAGAUCUGCCACGGGGACGUGUGUCGCUGCGCGGAAGGUGACGCGGGGACGUGGGGACAGGGAAGGGGGCCACCCUGGGCGGGGGGUGACCUGGGGAUGUCCCUGUCCCCAGUGUACAAGGUGAAGCUGGUGGCAGUUGAGCAGACCCCGUCCCACGACAACUACAUCAUGAACAUCCUCUCGGUCAUCAAGAUGG